AUGAAGCCGCUCAUCUGCGCACACAAAGGGCGCGUCUACAACGAAAUUACCAAGCAGACAAAGUUUGCCAAAAAUAAAGACACCCUGCAGAAGACCAAAUACCUGGACAUCUCCUCCAUCUCCGUCAUUAUCGAUUGGCUAAACAGUCUCCAAUUAAGUAAAAGAAAUAUAAAUGAGCAAAACAUUUACGAAGAGCUACAGAAUGGGCACUUAAUUUUAAGGCUAAUUCAGCUUUACAAUCCCCAGGUGGAAAUUAAAGGCAUAUUUCCAAAAGCGAGGAAAAAAAAAUGUGCAAUCCAGAAUUUGGAAAAAGCGUUGUCAAUCAUUUAUGGAAACAACCCAUAUUACUACUCCAUGGUUUCUUCGCUAGAUAUAUAUGAACAGAAAAAAAAAAAAAUUCAUAUAUUGUUAAUACAGCUUUUUAGCAAAUUCGAGUUCGCCAUUUUGACAAGAAUAGCAGCUCCUCUGUUAAGCUGGUACAACCAGACACUUAAGAAAUUUCAGGUGCCCCUGCAUAGGGAGACACUGAGCAACCCCUUUGACGUCACCCCGAGGGGACAUUACAAGGAGAAGGUACAUAUCAAAGGGGAUGACUCCCCAAAUGGGGAGGAACACAAAUCGGGGGAGACCAAAUGGAAGGACUGCAUAUUGAAGAGCUUCGCAACGUAUGUCCUAUUUAAAGAUAAAGCGGAAGAAGAAGAAGAAGACAAGUCCAUCCCUCACAUUGUUAACGAUUUUUCUGAUUGCAUAAAAAUCUUUCUCAUAUUUUACAGAUAUGGUUACAUAACCCAAGAACAACUCAGACAGGCAAACAUAUUGGACAUACGAAAUAAAUACUUCUUUCUGCAGAAUUUGCUCAAAAAGUUGAACAUUCCAAUUGUUUUACAAAAUCAAUAUUUUAAUAAUCCCUGCGAAGUUGCAAUUCUUUUGCAGCUAAAAUUUAUUCAGUUCUUCAUUCGUAAUGAGGGGUAUGAAAAAGCUAUUGAUUUGGAUGGGGAACAUUUUUCUUUUUCUGACCUGUUCAGGCGAAAUGUGAUGCAAACUAGCGAAAAAAAAAAAAAAAAAAAAAAAAAAAGUUGUACACGGGGGGUAACCUCAGUGACUCGUGAAACGGUGGUUGCACCCUCAUGGGGGGCCAUAACGAAAUCUCGAAAAAGACCGCAGCAAAUGAGUUGA